CAUUCAUAUCUAGUUUCCAACUUUUUCCUUUCAGUGCAACACAAUAAUUCCUCCCAGUUCAGCCACACUGGAGCUUUCCUCCCUGUUUUUUUUUUAAGGAAAAGUCCUCCUUCACACAGAGGACAAACACCAGACACUGUGCAUAAAGGUGUGAUAUUGUGUGAUAAAUUUGCGUGUGAAAGGCUGAAAAGAACAGAGUUGUGUGCAUUGUAUUCAGAACGCACGGCAAGCUAUGAAGGAAAAUCCACAUAAAUUUGGGAAUUUCCCAGUGAAAACAGAGUUCAUACAGUGAGGAAAUAUCACCAAAUCCACACCAGACGAUCCACAGAACAGGACAAAAUGGGGUACUUGGGUGAUCUUCGCGAUCAAUACCUCAAUGGCACAGCGAUAGCCUUGCUGCUUCUGCUCGUCAUCAUUCUCCUGUACUUGUUCAGGAAGCAGUGUCUCAGGACUUCGCCACACAAGAGCUGGACACGGAAUUUGCUCAAGACUAAGAAUCUCCUGCGACGGAUUUUCUUGAAAACAGUGAAUCGCGGCCUGUAUGAAGAGGGAGGAAUUCAAUCGGAGUCCGAAGAAGCCAUUCUCACGCGAUUCAUCCCAGUUCCUGGUGAGCAGCCGCCUAAGUACGCCCAAGUAUCGCCCACAAGUGUCUCCAAUGUGAUGUACCAGGAGGCGUUGCGCGGCAAUGUCCCUCUGCAUUCCGUGAUUAUCACGGGGAAGGAUCCCCUCGAAGUGGCAGAACGCGGUCGCGUGGGCGUGGCGAGCAGCGAGUGUAGCUCCAACAGUUCAGCGGACACACUGCCAGAGAACAGUGUGGUGUACUUGUCGGAGGAGCGCCGGGAAUUGAAUCCUUCGGACGUGCCUUUCACGCGGGAGUUUCAGCAGCAGCGUGACCGCGAGCGUCGGCGACACCGUCGGCACUCUGAGGGCUCGGAGAGGCGCUCCUCCAAGUCCCAUCGCUACAAGAAACGCCUGCAGGACAUCACGGACGUGGACGAGAUCUCCAGCGCCGAUCCACCGUCGUACCUCUUCGUGUCCCCAUCACGUGAGCAACUGCUUGAGGAGACGAUGUCGCAGUGCAACGAAUCCCUCAAGUCACCCUCCUCAGUUGCUGACACCAGCAAACUCGAACCCACCGAUAAGUUCUGUCCGAUCGCCAAUUCCAGCUAUGGCAGUGUAGAGAUUGCCCUGCUGUACGAUGCGCCCAUGAGGAAGAUGACCGUUCACGUGCUACAGGCACGAGAUAUCCCACUAAGAGGUGCCGGCCAAGUCACCUACACGCAGAUCCGACUGCUCAUCCUGCCCAGCAAAAAACAGAAGCACAAGACCAAGAUCCGCACAGGCGAGAAUCCCCAGUUCAUGGAGAGCUUCCUCCUGCAUCGCGUCAAUCCCGAGGAGGUGAACUCAAUGGGCCUCCGAAUUCGGGUGUACAGCUGUGCCCGCAUGAGGCGGGAGCAUCUCAUUGGGGAGUCCAUUGUCAAGUUCAGCUCCAUCGAUCUCGAAUACGAGGCCAACAUGUGGCUCACGCUGGAGCCCAAGACGCGAGUCAACUUGUCUGGGAGCAACAGUGACCUAAUCUCACUAGCCCGAAGCGAUAGCAUCAGCUCCACGGCGUCUGUUAAGCACGGCGGAGUGCCCGAGCUGCUGCUGGGACUGGCCUACAAUGGAACCACGGGCAGAUUGACGACGGAGAUAAUCAAGGGCAUCCACUUCCGCCAGAUGCUGGUGAACAAGACGUUGGACACGUACGUGAAACUGUGCCUGGUGAAUAGUAUCGGCCAGGAGAUGAGCCGCGCCAAGUCCUCAAUCAGGCGUGCCCAGCUGAAUCCUCUCUUCAAGGAGACCUUCACCUUCCAGAUCGCCCUGUUCCAGCUCAACGACGUCACUCUCAUGGUCUCUGUGUACUCGAAGCGCAACAUGAAGCGAAAUGAGAUGAUCGGCUGGUUUAGCCUGGGACUAAACUCCUCUGGGCCGGACGAGAUGAACCAUUGGAACGACAUGCGAGAGAGCGCCAAUGGGGAGCUCGUCAUUCGCUGGCACGUCCUGCUCCAGAACUAAGAGUGCCCCCAUUGAAAUUUGUAGGUUUAAGGAAAAACACUUUCUCAACUCACACGAUUUUGGGACAAGAUUUGCGAGUGGGCAGAGGCGAUUUCAGUCAAUCAACAUAAGGAUUAUUCCCAAGGAAAAACUCACCGAUUCAAAAUGGCAGACAAGAAUAUUCCCAACUUCACUAAAACUCUCUAAAAUCCAUAAGCAAAUGGUAUUCUAGAUAGAAAUCUUCUAGUGAAGAUUGAAAACAAAGUAUUAUUUUUAAAGUCUGUACUCUUUCCUCACUGAUUUACGUUGAGUUUCAUUGGAAUAAUCAGAUCUUUCAAAUAGCAUUACUAAUUUAUCCACUUCCGAAACUUCGCAAUUUGCCAAUUUUCCCUAUUUGCGCCGCAUGGAAAGCAUCGCGAAUCGGAAAAGAUCAACAGUUCGUUCCAGUGGAAGAUAAUAUGAAUUUUUGAACUGUUCGUUGAUGUAAAAAUCGCUGAAAAACCUCCACUCCAAAAUCUCUUUGACUUUAUAUAGAAAUUUUUAUAGAAAAUUGUCUCCUCGGGGAGUUUUGGUCAAUUUUCUGCGUUCUCACAACACGAAAAUGCAAAAAUCAACUUUUGACCACCUUUUCGCGACACUGAAAAGGUGGAAAACCCAGGAAUUUCAGAGAAAAUCAAUUUGAUGACGUUGGAAGGCGAAACAUGAAUUUUAUUGAACAUAAAAAUAGUAAAUUUCUGGAUUAUAUAAUGAAAAGUGAAGAAAUCUCAUAUCCUCGUUCCAAUUCGGCAAGAUUAACAAUUAUUGAAUUACGUCUAUUUUCUAUUCUCACUUUCGAAAAGAGAAAAAUUUCUCUCCCAUUGAUAGUAGUUGAUAAUGGAAAAAGAGUAAAAUGUGCAAGAUUACUCAAAAUAAUGUAAUUGAAGAGAUUUAAAAGUAAAAUAUUUGUAAAUUACUUUAUCGGCAUUUUUCUAUACUCUCACAUUUUGUUGUUCACCUCAAAAAUUUCCUUUACAUUCAAAACACUUUUCCUUUUCUGUACAUUUCUCUACAGUGACUUUUCCUACGGAGAAAUACAAUUUCUUCUGAAUCCUGUUCAUCUCAGCAAUUUGUUCUCUGUACGCACGAUUCUUUCUUUCUUUCUCUCUCUCUCUUAAAACUAAAUAACUUCCAUUUUUAUUGCAAAGAAAUUCCUCAAUAAAAUGGCGAAAACGAAUAAUAAAGAAAAAAA